AAAAUGGCUGCUGUGAUAGUGUGUACACAUGGAUAACACACCGGUAUCGCUAUAUUUACCUGGAGGAUUUCCGAAGUUUUAAAGUAUUUAGCAUCCAACUGUGGUUUGAAACACUUUCUAACUCCCAACGCGGAUUCUCUGAAGGUAAAGCACGUUUAAAAGACAGAUUGAGUUGAGCACGCGACAGGAUCAUGUCUGUGUUUGGAGGACUGUUGAGUCGCGCGGGGACUUUCUGCGCGAGACACUUCAGCACAGGUACUUGUGCUAGAAUACGAAUGCACGCCAUUCCCAAACUGAAAGAGGUGGAUCGAUGGACGGAGAAGAGAAGCAUGUUUGGAGUUUAUGACAACAUUGGGAUAUUGGGUGAUUUUAAAGCCCACCCAAAAGACCUGAUCAAAGGGCCCGUGUGGCUCCGAGGCUUCAGAGGGAUAGAGCUUCAGCGUCUCAUCAGGAAGAAGCGGAUGGUAGGAGACCGGAUGAUGACGGAGGACAAGCACAUCCUGGACAAGAGGAUCAGCUUUCUGUACCGCCGGUUCAACAGAUACGGCAAGCACAGAUAGACUGAACCACGGCUGGUGUGUGUGUGUCUCCUUCAGUUGUAUCCAUGUGAAGCUCAUUUUGUGUCAAAAGCUGCAUCUGUUUAUUAAACUGUAAAAAAACA